UUCCGCCUCCAGCUAAAACAGCUACACAGGCUUUUGACAGCUGGCUGCUGUGGACAGCCCCCUCAAAGACCAUUUAUUCUCCGAGCACAGAGGAAAGCAGAGGGGCAUGAGCUAGACACACGACUGUCUGCACUGGCUCUGCCUGGUGCUCCAAGCUGGGAUUUGCUGCCUGACUGAGUUAGAAUCGCCAUCGAAUCUGAGUAGAGUCAAGCAUCCAACCCUCAAAGAGCAGCUGGGGCAGAAGGUACAAAUUAUUCAGCCAUUGGCCAGUGCCCAGGCAGUGGUCAGAAGUGGGCAGAUUUCAACAGAGACAAUAUUUCCUGAGAGAAGAAGUGUCAGUCAUCUUAGGUCAGACACAAGGAUGGUGCCUUCACACCCAGCUCCCUGCCUGUGACCUUUGCUGGCAAUGGCUGACAAGGGGGUAAUCUACACUUAUCUAAACCACCCGGCAGGCUCUCUGCCCAUCGACACGUCGGCCCCGGCUCAGCAUCACACUUGUCCGCAAUGUCCGCUUUGGCAUCGGGUCAGCUGCGCCGGGAACUUCGUCCUGCUGGGAGCUGUGAUAGUGCUGGUGGUCCUGGUUUGCCAGCGCCCAUCUCAGAAUCGCCACACGGCAGCCGUCCCGCAGACCGCUCAGAAGAGCGAUUCCUGUGAGAUAAAUCGAAACACAACAGUGUACAACUGUACAUUGGAGGAUUUCCGAUCUUACCUGAAGCAAAACUUGUGUGAGGUGGAAAACAGCUCAGCAGAGGGCUCCGAGUGCAAACUCUGCCCCAGGCACUGGGUGCCACACAGGGACAAGUGCUACUGGCUGUCUGAAGAGAAUCAAUACUGGAGCAGGGGCCGUGAUGACUGCUCACGGAGGGGAUCUCAACUGCUAGUGAUCCAGGACCAGGAGGAGCUGGAGUUCAUACAGAAUACUACAAGAAAUCAAAAUCCGAUGUGGAUUGGACUCAACAUCACAUCCCCAGGGAGGAAGUGGACCUGGAUGGAUGGUUCCCCAUUAAAUCAAACACGAUUCACGGUAUUGGGUUCUGCUGAAGAGAACAGCUGUGCUGCAGUAAAGAAGAAUCAGAUCCAGUCUGAACUCUGCACCACUGUCUAUAAAUGGAUUUGCCAAAAGGAAGCUGUGCUAAUUUAACCAGCUGGAUUGGUGACCUCUGUUUGAAUAAAUGGAAUGCAAAACA